AUGGGCUCAGUUGUGCUAGAUGCCGUAAACUCGCUCUUUGCUCAAAAUUCCAGUCAGCCGCAGCGUGCCUACCGCGAAGCAGCCCACCAUCCCGACCCGAGUCCGCACCGGAAACGCAGCCGCACGCCCAAGAGGGCAUCAGCAUAUAUGUCUGAAUCAAUGCAGGAAGCAUCGGGCUCUUCUGCCACCGCCGACGGUACGCGCGAGGACAAGGCGUCUCGAAACGAGUCACAUGAAAACCAACAAUCCUCACAUCUGGCACCAAAUCGAAGGCCCAUCUCUCAACCACCCAGCCCGCCGCUAGGCGCACAAUCCACUCCUCUGAGCGCUGAGGAAACACAGAAUGCUCAAGCAACGGUCUCGUCGCUCGCACCAACGUCAGAGACUCGGCCAGAUGGACCCAGAAAGAUCAAGGUUCGAGACUUGCAGCACAUUCAAAGCUUCGCAACCGAGGAUAUGGGCAGCUUUUCAGAGAUCCGUAGUCGAAGUCGCUCGCGGACGCGAGGAGACGCCUCAGGGGGAUACAGUCCACAGUACGAAAUCAGCGGCAUGAAGGUCGAAGAUAUCAUUGAGAUGGUCGCUGGCCUUCUCACCAAAAUCACCGCCACGAAUGACCGACAACACGAACAUUUGCAUCGACAGCCCCCUUCGAUCGACGCCGCUUCACAUCUCAAUCCCCAAACAAGCAGUGUUCUAGCUUUCCACGGAAAGAACGUCCCAAGUAUCACCAUCCUCAGCUACCUCAGCAGAAUCAACAAGUACUGUCCAACAAGCUACGAGGUAUUUCUUGCGUUAUUGGUAUACUUCGAUCGCAUGACGGAACGAGUCAAUUCUGGACCUAUGCAAAGCUUACGCGAAGCCAAUCAAAAGGCCGUUGGCGAGCAAGGUCGAAGUGUCGACUCUUCCUCCACAGAAUCGCUAGCGUCUGAUAAGAUGGAAGACGUUACAGCUUCCACAACUGCUGGUACUCAGCUUGCGACUCCGCCGGCGUCUGGCUCUAUGCAGCAAGCAGGUGCAUUUCAGCAAGGCGUCCCAGGAACCCCACAUAGCCGCCCAAAUGCCGUCGAUUCGCCAGCAUUAUCACCAGAGCUCAACGGCAUUGAGGCUUACAACCUUUCGCAUUUCUUCGUUGUGGAUAGCUUCAACAUUCACCGGCUUGUCAUCGCCGGUGUGACGUGUGCGAGUAAAUUCUUCUCCGACAUUUUUUACACAAAUUCUCGUUAUGCAAAGGUCGGCGGUUUGCCCCUACCAGAACUCAAUCACCUUGAGCUUCAGUUUCUUCUGCUCAACGACUUCCGGCUGUCAAUACCGGUGGAAGAAAUCGAGGCCUAUGGCACAAUGCUGGUCGAAUUCUACGCUCGCGAAGUUGUGGCGCAAAAGAAAGCUGCUGAGGCCAUGCAAACCCGAUCGCUCAGCGAGAGCUCUUCCACGACAGUGCGAGCCACCGCGUGA